ACAAAAUGGGGUGAGAGUAGCAUGAUCCUUUCUUUUAUGGACUGUUCUUUUCACAUUGCUUAGCCGUUUUUCGUACUCCCUAGCCAUUUCAAUUUUCAAUUCUUGGUAUUUUUACUUCGCCUUGUACAAAAAGUGAUACUCCCUCCGUCCGGUCCUACACCCCCCGCUGAUUUCUGCCGAGGCUAACACCCACUAUCCCCCAUCAUCGUCAAACCCGGUUAACCCACCCAGCUAUAUUUACACUAUCAUUUUUGGCGCCACCCGUGGGACCGAUUUUUAAAGUUUUUCGACCAGGUCAAAACUUUACCCCCACUAAAUAUCCACAAACAUGUCUUCGAGCAACUACAACGCUGUGUCAAGCCAAGCUGCGAGUGAAAGCACUCCUGCCAUCCCAUUGAUGAUGUCGAGCCUGGGGACGACCUUUGCUCCGAUCACUACUGUAGGAUCAAUUGGCAUGAUCCCAAUCAUGUUAACCCCAACUCCUACGCCGACGACAACAAUGUUUCCAGGCUCGAUAACAACGCUUGGUGGAGCAUUCACACCAUACCCGUUAGCUUGGGCUCAGUUUGCUGCUGACCCGGCAAAUGCUCAGGCUCUACAGGGCUAUCAACAGGUGAUGGCCAUGAUGCAACAGGCAGGUGGUUUCAUGCCAUUUGCCUAUCCUGGUAUGACGCCGCCAAUUAUGCCACCUCCGGUGUCGACCCCGUCGACAUUUGUCCCUAGGAUGGUCCCUAUACAUCCAGUGAAUUUGACGAGGACUUUGAAUGAAGCAGCGCCCUCAAAUUUCCAUGAAAUCAAUGAGGCGGAGCAGGAGGCGGCCCGCAGGAAGAAGGGUAAGGCUAUAGCCGAACCCAGCAAGACUCGAGACUCGGCAUUCAAACGCCUAGGGGGCAAAGAGGAUGGACCCCGCAAGUCUGCCAAGCUACAUCUUGGUCUUGAGAUGGGCCGGACUAGCGCAAUGGAAAGACUUGGCGGGGGUCGUCACGCCCAAUCUCGUCGUUCUAGGGAAUCUGAGACGAUUCACCAAGACGAGGAGGAAGCAGAAAGCCAGCCGAGGGCGUCGGCAUACACCAGGCUCUCAUACGAUGAGGAUGACCUGGACAAGAUAGGAAGCUGGGCUGACCGGGUUAUAAAACCUGAAAGGGUUCAACCGGAGCCCACUAAAGAUCUUGAGGACGCCUGCGAGAAACUUCUCAAGGGUGAUCCUGUGACCGGGAAACCUUAUGCCUAUGGGGGCUGGGUAUUCCGGCUAGCUAACCCGGAUGGGGGUGCGUCUGCGACCCAUGACGCUGAGGAUAACCGGGCUGAUUCCCCGGAUGGUCACGCUGAGGCCGGCUCUCCUCAUCCAGACAUGAACUUCAACAGGAUGACCACCAUCAUUGAGGAUGACGACGAUGAUGUCCAAGUCCUCCACUCCAACCGGUCUCCUCUCUCUAACUCUCCUGGAAUGGAUGGGGCCACAAGUGCCCGGUGUAGCCCUAUCCAUGAGCAGAGCUAGAAGCUGAAAUCUCCUUCAGCUAGGCAUCACUCUGAGGUUGACCGGGCUAAUCCCCCCAAAGUCCCGGUCCAAUCAGCUGGUAUUUUAGAGGUUUUAGGCUACCUGUGGAUCAAGAUUCAAGUUUAAAGAAGUUAUACUCCCUCCGUCCCGUUAUAUUCGUCCACUUUUGACUUUUGGAACUGUUCAUCUAAGCACUUUGACUCAUCAAAUUCUCUCAAUGUGUAAGUCUAAAUAUAGUCAUGUGUGAUCUUGUUUGAUUUGUCUUAACAUAUAGAUUAUUAAUAUAUAAUUUCUAUAAUUUUUUAAUAUACAAAUUACAAGAUAAAAUGGAUUAAAGAAGUGUAUUGGAUGGUGUGUAAAAAUGAAAGUGGACAAAUACUCUGGGACGGAGAUAGUAUUUAAGACAACUUCUACUAGCUUAUUUCUACCAGGAUUGAGUUGGGAGAGGCCUAUAAAAACGCAGUAAAUACCUGGGAAUUCC